AUGUUGCUAUCGCGACGUGCUUUCUCGCUCUUUUCGAGCUUACGUGCUCCUGCUGUAUACAGACAGAAUGCGCUUGGGUCGAUACGAUUGAAGAGCGGGAAGAGUGUGGACGAGGGAGAGAAGGAGGAGUCCACAGCUCAAGAGAAGCUCGAUGAGCUGGCCGACUUCUUGGAGAACCAGCGCAAAGAAAACACAGGGCCUUCGCGUUCCUCACGCCGGCAUCAAGAGCAGAGUGGAUCUAACUCGUUCCGAGGACCUACUAAAAUCUUCCAAAGUGGCGAUUACUACGAUCCGAUCACCUUGAGCCCCCAAUAUAUGCGAUACAGGCCGCGGCGGACGCGUUUGCCGCUCCUGGGCCCUUCGAAGCAUGAGGCCAUGAAAACGGACCCUUUCCAUAUCCUCUCGCUGAACCCAUCGAAGCCAUCACUUGCUGACGACUCGUACAAGAACGGCGCGAUUCUGUCCCAGUACAUUUCCGAGAUGGGCAAGAUUCUCCCUCGCAAUAUCACAGGCCUGACACGAAAGAGCCAGCGCUAUGUGGGUAAAGCCAUUCGCCGUGCUCGUGCUAUGGGCAUUCUCCCUGUUCUUAGUCGCGGAAAGGGCCGUGGUAGCACGGGAUGGUCUUAA